AUGACUCUCACAAUAGAAGGAAAUCCGGUAAUGACACGACAGAGUCUAAUGCAACAAAAGGAUAGGGAGUAUAUCUGCUCUAAUCUCCUUAAUUUCAACAACUUAUUCUACGCUCUAGAAGGUCAGAAGAAUGUGAGUGGGGUGCCAGCAGAUAUGAGCGUUCAUUGGAAAACUGGUAAAGUGUUUUUUACACUGAUUAGUGAAGAAAUGAAAAUGAGUUUACAAAUUUUACAUCCAAGUGGCGAAAUAGAUUCAAUAAAAGUUGCGGGGCUAGGUCAAUCUACGUGCAUAGAUAAUUUAAACGAUAUUGUUUAUCUGGCAACGGAUAAUGGCGUUUAUAAAUAUAAAGAAGAUGGCUCUAUAGAACUUUACACUGCGUUAGGAGAGGAUGUGAUGUAUAUUGCUGUGACGAACGAUGGAAACACUAUGUACGUGGCAACGUGGCCUCAAAAUCGCGUUCAUAAGCUGACGAACGAUGGACAAAAACAGGAGACGUUUCCCGCAAUUCCCAACGGUCAUGGCUUAACCAUAGACACAAGGAACAAUAUCUAUUUCGUAGCAACUAAAACGUCCUAUAUACUAAAGAAUGGAUACAGUAUUCCAAUCAAGAUAAAGGGAUUGCCUAGUGAUAAAAUGACUGGUGUUUUUGUAAGUCGAUCAGAUGUGGUUUACGCUAUGGAUGAGAAUAGUAAUCUAUACGUCAUUGACCCAGAUAAUGCCAGCGCCAGACAUUUAGGGUCGUUCAGUGUAAGCGGUGUGAACUCAUUCGCAUUGGAUGCUGCUGACAAUGUGCUGAUUGGUGUGAAAGGCGCUUUAUUGAAAUUCAACGCGUUUGAGAGGAAUCCAUGCAUUGCUGUUGAAGAGAAAAACCAGAAAGGAAAAAGGCAUAGUAGGCGACGUAAACACAAAAGGCGUACCACGACAACUACUGAAGUUGCAGAAGAUGACGAAGAGGAAUAA